ACACUUACAGGAAACAGGAAAUGGUGACGUUUCUUUGAGUAUCAGAGGCAAUCAGAGCACAAUGGGACUGAAUGCAUGUUCACUAUAACAUAACAUGAACCAGCGUAACUCAAAGCUGUACUUGAUCGUGACGGUAGUCCUCCUAUUUUCUGGCAAAAGCUAUUCAUUAGGAAAAACUGGAAACGAUACUAUAACGAUUCAGGCAACUCAGACGGCUGAAUAUGAAACAGAUACUGCUGGUACACCUCAUGGUCCCUGUACCCACAACUGUCCGACAUCACAGCCAAGCAGAAAGGCAUCACCAACGGCCUCACAAAGUUCAGCAGCAACAACAAUCAUUCUGGAAGAUGUCCGCAACGAAGAUAUUGCAAAUCCUAUCACAAAGGCAAUUGAACAUCUCUGGAUAAGAACUGAAAAUUCUACAUAUGCAUUGGUCAUUUUCUCAUCAUCGGGAAAUUCCACGAAGAUCAAAUUGGAUAACCCUAAAUUAAUUGGGAUCAUUCUGCUACCAAUUCUGAUCCUUUUUCUGCUUGGUUUAAUUAUUGCCAUUGUGAUGACUUGUUCCUCUGGGAAAAGAAAAAGAAAAUAUGAUGAUAUUAGCUGUGAAAUUCCAACAAGCCCUAUAUUCGAGGAAGAUGCAGCUUCUGUGAUGGAAGUUGAAAUGGAAGAAGUCACCAAAUGGAUGGGCAGCAUGAAAGAAAAGAGUCAACAUGAAAACUUAACAGAUGUCAUUGAAGACAAGAAUUAAAAUGCAGGAACUGUCUCCAAAUCCCUCCACAUGCCACCUUGGGCAUGAAGUUCUCACCCAAGUCGUUGAACUCGAAGCUCUGACACCAGAUGUUUCAAAUGUGUAAGAAAGUGGCCUAGCUUCCUGUUUUAUCAUCGACCACCCUCGACUCUCUGCCUCCCCACCAACCCUUGGGGAAUUUUUACAACCUCUGCUUGACACAAUCGCAAAAAUUCCUGUUUGCUAUCAGCUAGAGUGUGCAUUAGGUGAAUGAUAGACAAUAGGUACAGGAGGAGGCCAUUUGGCCCUUCGAGCUGAUGUGGAACAGUGUCAAUAAACGUGUAAAGUAGAUUCAGUG